AUGGAUCCCGACUCCACAACUCUGUCGACGCUUCUCGGUGCGUGUUCUUUGCUGGGAGAUUUGUCAUCCGGUAAGAUCUUUCAUGAGCUCCUGAUCGAGAGAAAGAUGAUGCAAGCUGACGCGUUCCUCUGCAGCUCGCUGGUGAACAUGUACGCCAAGUGUGGGAGCGUCGGGACCGCGAGAGAAGUUUUUCACGCAUUCCGAGCUGGUUUUGGCGCAUCGUCCGUGCUCUGGAACACAAUCCUCGCGGCGCUGGCUCACACCGGAGACUCAAGCCAGAGCCUGGAGUUGCUGCUGGAAAUGGAGCUGGAGGGUGUGACCCCGGACUCGACCACUUUCGUGUGUGCUCUCGUGGCCUGCAACCAUGCCGGGCUUCUCCAGCGGGGUAAGCUCUUGUUCCAGAUCUUGGUUUCGGAUCACUCCUCGCGGCCGAGCUUGGAGCACUUCCUGUGCAUGGCUGAUCUUCUAGGACGAGCAGGGCGCGUGGAUUUUGCUCGGGAAGUGGUGGAGGGAAUGCCGUUUGAAGCGGAUACUGUAGCUUGGAAGGCGCUGCUGGGAUCAUCCAGAGGUAGCAUCGAUCUGGAAAAAGCGGCUUUUGCCGCACAGAGGCUUGUGGAAAUGGACGAGGAGCUUGGACAGGCUUUUGUGCUGCUCUCCAAUGCUUUCUCCUCGGACUCUCACGUUUUGUAG